CCCCAUCCACAUCUCCCGACACGACCUCUCCAAACUUCACGCGAACACCAUCCUUUUCUUCCCCCUACCCCCUCUACAUUCUUUUUCUGUAUGUUGUAAUUUCUUAGCAAUUCUUUAAUAAGUGGAACAAAAUGCCUGCUGCGUUCCGCGCCAUUUCUCCGUUUGUACGGACGGCGCAAGCUUCCCUGCGCCAGGGUCGUCUCAACCCCUUCCAAGCUGCACUCAAGACGCAACAUGUUUCCCCCAUCCUCAACAUCUAUCGCACAUACGCGGUCUACGACCGGAGCAAGCCCCACGUCAACAUUGGCACCAUCGGUCACGUCGACCAUGGCAAGACUACUCUAUCAGCUGCUAUCACCAAGCGUCAAGCAGAGAAGGGCCUAGCCAGCUACCUAGACUAUGGCUCCAUCGACAAGGCCCCGGAAGAGAGGAAGCGCGGUAUCACAAUUUCCGCGUCGCACAUCGAAUAUUCCACAGAAAACCGUCAUUACUCGCACGUUGACUGCCCUGGUCACGCUGAUUACAUCAAGAACAUGAUCACCGGUGCCGCCAACAUGGACGGCGCCAUCAUCGUCGUCGCGGCCUCCGAUGGUCAAAUGCCCCAGACCCGUGAGCAUCUCCUCCUCGCCCGUCAGGUCGGUGUCCAGAAGAUCGUCGUAUUCGUCAACAAGGUCGACGCCAUUGAUGACCCUGAGAUGUUGGAACUUGUCGAGAUGGAGAUGCGCGAGCUUCUCAGCACCUACGGCUUCGAGGGUGACGAGACCCCCGUCAUCAUGGGCUCCGCGCUGAUGGCCAUGAACGACCAGAAGCCUGAGAUUGGCGCGCAAAAGAUCGACGAGCUCAUGAAGGCCGUUGAUGAAUGGAUCCCCACCCCCCAGCGUGACCUUGACAAACCCUUCCUCAUGGCCGUCGAGGACGUUUUCUCCAUCUCCGGUCGUGGCACCGUCGUCAGCGGUCGCGUCGAGCGUGGCGUUCUGAAGAAGGACUCCGAUGUCGAGAUCAUCGGCAAGGGCCAUGAGGUCAUCAAGUCCAAGGUCACCGACAUUGAGACCUUCAAGAAGUCUUGCGACGAGUCGCGUGCCGGUGACAACUCUGGCCUCCUCAUCCGCGGUGUCCGCCGCGAGGACAUUAGCCGCGGUAUGGUCGUCGCCGUCCCCGGUACCGUCACCGCCCACCAGACUUUCCUGUGCUCCCUCUACGUCCUUUCCAAGGAGGAAGGUGGCCGCCACACUGGUUUCCGCGAGAACUACAAGCCCCAGAUUUUCCUCCGCACCACCGACGAGGCCUGCGCUCUGACCUUCCCUGAGGGCACCGAGGACGCUGCCCACAAGGUGAUCAUGCCCGGCGACAACGUUGAGAUGGUUGCCCACCUGCACCAUCCCAGCGCUAUCGAGGUCGGCCAGCGGUUCAACAUCCGCGAGGGUGGCAGGACUGUGGCCACGGGUCUCAUUACCCGCAUCCUGAAAUAAGGGAUCACCAAGUAUGCAGGAGCAAGCUUGGACGGAUGGACGACAAUUGCACAGUCAUGACUGUCUUCCGGGGCAGAUUCGACUAAGUGCAAGAAGGGAGCGGAACAAUGUUCGCAGGCAAAACAAAAAAGGGGUGUUGCCGGCUUGAAUUUUCAUGAUCUCAUGUACGACUAACCUGCAUGCAUCCAUACUUUGAGUCCCAGGCUCUUCUGUACAUUCAUCGACUUCCGGGCUUAAAAGCUCUCCGCUCUCCUUCUCCCUUGUCUUCUAGUUGUACUUUUAGAUAGAUGCCGAAUCUGGGAAUAAUGCACAUUUACCAAUGGAUGGUCGGUGUUUCCCCCUAACUC